CUCUACCACUGAGCUACUCUGUCUACAGCAGAUCAGGAAUUCGUCUGUCAUAUUUGAUUAAAACGUCGGCAAACACACACACACACACAUAUGCUACUGAUCUUCAUCAACUCUCAGUAGCUCAACGGUAGAGAGUCUGGACUGAAAUUGGAAGACUGAGGGUUCAAACCCACAGUUGAAUAGUACUACUGAUAACUUACUACUGUUUUUCCUUCACUUUUUUAGCAGCACAGAUGAUUCUUCCGGUUCUGCUUGAAGGUUUUCAGGCUCAUCUUCAGCUUUUAGCACCAAAAAAAACUUGAUCAGAAGCUGAAACGCGUUUUAAGACCAAUCCAUUCUGGACCAGUUGAAGCUUGAAUCUCUUUUUGAUCAGCUUAAUAUGAGGCAGGUGUAGCUCAUUGCGCUGAGGAACUGACGGUUGAUGAGCUGGUGGAAGGUUCAAAUCCAAAACUAAUCAUUCUAUUUCACAUUAAGAAGUAUCUGCUAUGAAAUCCAAAUAAAUUGUAUUUUUUUUCUUUUGGACAUUUCUUGAACUUUUAUUGACUUCUAUAGAUGACUCAAAGAAACCCUGGUCCUUCACACCUUCACCCUCCCUCCAUUCAAGUUCUCCACCAGUUUUCCCUGCCCGACUUGCUCGGUGACUUCAGCUCCACCCAUCGUACCUGUUCCUCCUCUCACCUGAAACGCUUCACAUUUCCUCCUAUGAAUCCAGGCAGCUCACUGCUUCCCUCAUCUCUGGAUCCGUUUUUCCCCGUCAACUACAAUGAGUGCCAAGCUGUGGACGGAGGAGCAGUUUAACUGCCCCGUGUGUCUGGACCUGCCCAACGACCCGGUCACCAUCCCCUGCGGACACAGCUACUGCAUGGCAUGCAUCCGGGACUUCUGGACCAAGGAUGACCCCAAAGGGAUCUACAGCUGCCCCCAGUGCCGCCAGACCUUCUGCCCCAAGCCCCCUCUGUCCAGAAACACCAUGCUGGCCGAGGCAGUGGAGCAGCUGCGGAAGGGAGCCCUCAACCCCACGGUGCGGGACUCUGUCCGGAGCGCACGGGGCGUUGGAACCCCCUCCAAAGCCAGGCUGUCCACGGCGGCCGUGCUGUGCGACAUGUGCAAGAAGGAGAAGCGCGCGGCGGUGAGGAGCUGCCUGGCGUGCAUGAGCUCCUUCUGCGAGGAGCACCUGAGGCCCCACCAGACCAAGAAGUCCCUCAAGAAGCACGAGCUCAUCGCGCCCGUCAGCAACCUGGCGGAGAAGAUCUGCACGCAGCACAAGUACAUGCAGGAGUUCUUCUGCCGCCACUGCAAGAUGUUCGUCUGCUGGCUGUGCACCAGCAACCAGCACAAGGACCACGAGUGCGUGUCCACCAAGAUGGAGCGAUUAGAGAGACAGAAAGUGCUGUCAGAAAUCCAGGCGGAAAAUCAGCAGCGGCUGAAGGACAGAGAGCAGGAGCUGAAAGACCUGAAGAAGAUCAUGGAGGUGGCGAAGAAUUCUGCAAACAAGGCGCACAGCGACACAGAAACGGUGCUGAGGGAGCUGCAGGAGUCAGUGGAGCGUCUGCAGGAGCUGCUGCAGGAGGCGCUGGAUGAGGCCAGCCUGGAGAAAAUGGGCCAGGCCCAGGAGGUGGUGGACAACCUGGAGGUGGAGAUCAAGGAGAGGAAGAAGAGGGACACGGAGAUGAAGGACCUGGCAGGCUGUGAUGAUCACAUAUACUAUCUACAGACGUGUGACUCCAUGUCCACUCCUCUGGAGGUCGGGGACUUUCCAACCGUGCUCGUCAACGCCGACGCCUCCUUCGAGCCAGUUCGGAGCGCCAUCCUGGCCCUCAGGGAGCGAGUGGAGGAUCUGUGCAACCUGGAGCUGGGAAAGAUGAUCAAACAAGUCAACGACACCACGCUGUUCACACUGAAAGACUCCAAUAGGAACAAAGGAGCCAAAACGGGGAUUUUAAAACUGUUUUCACGUCCUAAUCCUCGCAACGCCAACAGCAGCCGUGCAGCAGCUCCCACACCCAGCAUCUCAGUCGGAGGCGUCCGUUCGGACAGGCAAGGUUUGGGGCUGAGGGUUCCUGAUGUGAGAAGCAGAGACACACGUGAUCGCUCGAGUUCACCCAGACUGGGAAACCGGCGCCGGAGAGACGAAAGGGAGACGGAGACCGAGACUAACCUCCAACCCAGUCCGACUCCCAGCCGCAGAGAGCCUCCGUCUCUGUGGAGCAGGUCCAAUCAGAGUCAAGCUAUUCCAGCUGCAACUCCAACUCCGGUUGUAGUCGCACCUGCACCUGCGCCUGCGCCUGCACCUGCAGCAUCAGGGGCCUUUAGCCGGAUGGCGUCUAUCGGCAGCCUGUUUCGCUCCCACCGCCGCGGCACUACCCCGGCCACCCCGGUUCAAGAAGCUCCAGCUUCUGCAGCCAAUCCAUGGGGAAUUGCCGCUCUGCCUGAAACCCCGAUAGAGGUCAACCCAAGCCUCUUUCUGGACACGCCAAUGCCAGACACCAUGACCCAAGCACCAGCUUUCCCUACAUUGCGAGAAAUUAACCUUGAUAGCAUCCAGGCACCGGAACCGAGGUCCAGAGAAGAGUUCCUGCAAUAUGCCGUCAACUUGACGCUUGACCCCAACACAGCCCACAGACGGCUAGUCCUCUCUGAGGGCAAUACCAAAGCCACCCUGCAGGGGGUGGCGCAGCCAUACCCAGACACCCCGCAGCGAUUUGACGGUUGGACCCAGGUGAUGUGCCAGGCGCCGCUGCAAGCGCAGCGCUGCUACUGGGAGGUGGACUGGCGAGGCAGGGGCUCCUCCAUGGGCGUGGCUUACGGUUCGCUGAGCAGGAAAGGAUUGGACGCCCGAUCGGGCCUCGGCUACAACGCCCAGUCCUGGACUCUGGAGCUGUCGGACACCUGCUGCUCUGCGAUGCACGACAACCAGAAGAAGGACAUACCGGUCACCUACUCCCCCCGUCUGGGCAUCUACUUGGACUUGGCCGGCGGUAUGCUGGGGUUCUACAGCGUGGCGGACAACAUGGUGCCCCUUCAUACCUUCAGGGCCAACUUCACCCAGCCGGUGUACGCCGUGUUCGGCAUGGGGAGCGGAGUCGGAGUGGGGCUCGACUUCGCACUCGGCCAGUUCACGUCAAGCUCUGAUAGCAUCAAGAUCUGUCCUUUGUGAGGCUGCAAGAGAUGUUGAUGCUGACUGAGCUUCAUUAGUCAAAUCAAGACGCACUUUGUGAGAAAACGUCCUGUCAAACGCACAAACACAAUCAUUAGGUUCGCCAACAGAUUUGGCUCAUUAAUGAAAACACAACAUUGGGAUAUUUACUUAGUUUCUUACAUUUUAUUUAUGAAAAAGGCAACUUCAUAACAGCAGUGAGAGCACAGAAGCGACACAUGAGGAAGUUCCUGUCCAUAUUCAAUAUGACGAACAGAACUUUCUGGAUUCAUAGGAAAUACGGGAAAUAUUAGGCAACAAACUCAUGGAAAGACCCAUUUUUCCAUUUAAACAUUCUCACACCACAACGGAAAAGUUUGUUUGGUGUUAAAAAAGGUAUAUCCUUCAUGUGGAGAACUUAGAGGCCUAACAAAGAUGUUUAAUACAAUAAAACCUAGGAUUAAAUGUUAGUCCACACCUAUAAAUAUUCAACAGAAGCAUCUCUUUUUAGACUAUGUGCUUUAAAUGUGUUACUAAAGGGCAGGUUAAACCCAAAGUGUGGUUGGAGGUUUUAUGAAGCAGAAAUCUGAGGAAACACUCCCAUCUGCUGGCCAAUAUGCGAAAAGGAUACGUGUGCAAGUCAAAAAUAAAUCUCUAUAACAAAACCGGAAGUGAUUAAACAAUCUUGUUAGUUGGUUUUUGUAUCUAAGAAGUCUAAAACUGAUUAAAGGAAACAGAUCCUUGA